AUGACGGCCGAGGGGGGCAGCUGGGGCUCCUCCGGCACCGCCAGCACCUCCCCGUCCUGCUCCCCCAACCUGGUGGCCGAGGCCGAAGCCAUGGCGGCGGCCGAGGCCGAAGGCAUGGCCGAGGUCGAAACCGUGCCGGCGUCGCCCGCCUGCCUGGAGGACCCCCCUGCCUUCACCCCGCCGUCUCCCGAGGAGGAGGAGGAUGAAGACGGACCCUUCGUUCCACCGGAGGAUGAGGAGGAUGAGGAUGGACAGACGCCGGAGGAAGAGGAGGAUGAGGAAUGGGAGGUGUCGGGGGGCGAGGGGCUGCCCGGCGCGGGCCUGAUCCCGGCGGCGCUGCUGCCCUUCCGCGGCAGCCUGCUCUUCCAGGCCGAGGCGGUGGAGAUCACCCCGCUGCCCCAUGGCACGGCACCCCUGCCCCUCUCCGGUGAGGAGGAGGAUGAGGAGGACGAAGAAGAGGAGGAGGAAGAAGAAGAGGAGGAGGAGGAGGAGGAGGAGGGCGGCAGCACCUCAGCCUCCUUCCUGCGCUCGCUGUCGGAGACCUCCAUCACCGAGGGGGUGGACGAGUCCUUCGCCUUCCGCGACGACACCUCUGCCUCCUCCGACUCGGCCGCCUACGAUGGCGAGGAGGACGAGCGGCUCUACGGCACCGAGCGCCAUGCCGUGGGGGCUGAGGGGGGGUCCACCGGCACCGCCACCGCUCCCCCCGGCACCGAUACCUCUGGGGAUGGUGGCAUCGAGCUCCACCUCUGUGCCGGGAUGGACCCAGUUGGCUCCGGCUCACUGGAGGGGUCCCUGCAGCACCACCACGGCGAGGAGCCAGUGAGCGCGGCGCCCGGCGUGGAGGACGCUGGUGGGGAUGAGCUCAGCGCCGAGCGGAUGGAGCCGGGUACGCAGGAGCAGGAUGGCAGCGAGACCCCCCCAGCACCCUCUGGAGAAGGUGGCGUGGAGCCAGACAGUGAGACUUUCCUCACCUCCUCAUCUUCCUCCUCGGAGCUGGAGGAGGCUUCAGCCCUGGAGCCUGAUGUCCUGUGGGAGCCGGACCCUGUCCUGGGGGAGUGUCCCCCAGCAGAGCCCCCCCAGCUCCCAGAGGAGCCGGCGGUGAUGCUGGGUGCCGAGGAGGAGCCGGUGGUGAAGGAUGAUUCCGGUAUGGCAGUGCUGGAAGAGGGGCCCGGCACAGAGCCGGUGGUGAGCCACAGCGUCCUACAGCCCCCCGGCCUCUGCUCUGGGGAGCCCAAGGACCCCCAAACCGAUGGGCUGGGGAGGGACGACACGGCACCGGCCAACGGGGAGCCACAGAGUGGCCCUGGGAGUGACAGUGAUGAUGGUGACGGUGAUGAUGACCUUGGCACCGUGAGAGCAGGGAGCAACGAGCUGGCAGCCACCGAUGGCCCCGAUGAGCUGGACGUCAUGGCCGCUGACCCGGCACUGUCGGUGACACCCAGCCCACCGAACGAGCUGGACACCGUGGGCAUCAACCCGGCACCGUCGGUGACACCCAGCCUGCCGGAUGAGCUGGACACAGCAGCCACCGACCCUGACCUGGUGCCAUCGGUGACGCCAAGCCCACCAAAUGAGCUGGACGUGGCAGCCACCGACCUGGUGCCAUUGAUGACACCCAGCCUACCAGACGAGCCGGACACGGUGGCCACUGACCCAGCGCCAUUGGUGACACCCAGCCCGCAGGAUGAGAUGUAUGUCGCAGCCACUGACCUUGACCUGGUGCCCUUAGUGACACCCAGCCUGCCGGAUGAGCCGGACACGGUGGCCACCGACCUGGUGCCGUUGGUAAUGCCCAUCCUGCCAGAGGAGCCGGACACUGCAGCCACCGACUCUGACCUGGUGCCAUCAGUGACGUCCAGCCCACCAGAUGAGCUGGACACCGUGGCCACUGACCUGGUGCCGUUGGUGACACCUAGCCUGCCGGAUGAGCCGGACACCAUGGCGGCUGAGCCAGUGCCGUCAGGGUUGCCUGAUGAGCCGGACACCGUGGCCACCGACAUGCUGCCAUUGGUGAUGCCCAGCCUGCCGGACGAGCCAGCCACCGUGGCCACCGACAUGGUGCCGUUGGUGAUGCCCAGCCCGCCAGAUGAGCCGGCCACCGUGGCCACUGACAUGGUGCCAUUGGUGAUGCCCAGCCCGCCAGAUGAGCCGGCCACCGUGGCCACUGAUGUGGUGCCGUUGGUGACGCCCAGCCCGCCAGAUGAGCCGGCCACCGUGGCCACCGACAUGGUGCUAUUGGUGAUGCCCAGCCCACCAGAUGAGCCGGCCACCGUGGCCACUGACAUGGUGCCAUUGGUGAUGCCCAGCCCGCCAAAUGAGCCGGCCACCGCAGCCACCGACCUGGUGCCAUUGGUGACACCCAGCCUGUCGGAUGAGCUGGACAGCGCGGCCACUGACCCCAACCUGGCACUGUUGGUGAUGCCCAGCCGGCCAGCCGGCGUCGUGGCACAGUCCCCCCCACCGCAAGACGCAUCCCCUCGCGAUGCCGACGAGGAACUGGCGGAUGGGGCGGCCUCAGCCAACGAGUCCCCGGAGCCACCGGUGACCAUGUGUCCCUCGGCGCGGGGGACGAUGGUGCGUCCCCCUGGGGAAGUCGGCGAAGCCCCCGAGGAGUGGGACGCUGCCACCGCCUCCUCCGAGGAGUCAUCCCCGGAGCUGCUGGAGACCUCCCGCUCCCGCACCGACUCCAGCUUCUUCACCGCCCCCGAGGACAGUGCUGGGGAGGCGGCCGCCCCCCCCAGACCCCCAUCUUCGGAGGAGGAGGAGGAGGAAGAGGAUGCCGCCCGUCGCUGCCUGGCCCUCUGCCUGCCCGCCUCGCCCCCCGCCGUCCCCCCGUUGAUCUUCACCGCUUCGGAGCGGGAGGUGUACGUGGGGGCCCCCCCGUCCCCCCUUGAACUGCUCCAACCACCCGGUGCCUUUUCAGAGAGUGGGGCGGCCUGGCAGCGCCAGGAGGACCGGCAGCGGGUCACCGCCAUCCCGCCGCUGGCCCCCCGCCCUCUGCUCCCCAAAGUCAGCCAAGUGCCUCCUCUCGCCGUCGCGCCACCGCCAUCGCUGUGCCCAGAUCUGACCCACGGCCCCCAGGACACCUCAGGACUCCCCGCCGGCGAGGAGCGUCCGUCUGUCCUGCCGCCCUCCAGGAAGCACCUCGAAGGGUGGCUGAUGGGGUCGGAGUCGAGCUCCUCCAGCGAGGCGGAGGCUCCGUACCCCUGCCCCGAAAUCCAGCGCCUGCGGGAAGCCGCCGGCAUCGCCCUGCGCCAGGACAAGCAGCCCCCGGCCCCCCGCCGCUGCGAGGCCAACCAUAAAGGGUCGUGUAACGAGUCGGAGAGUAACGACGAGUCCAUCCCUGAGCUGGAGGAGCCGGAAGGCUCGGAGCCGCAGCCGACCCAGACCCAGGCACAGCUCACCCACUCGCUGGGCACCGGGGAGGAGACUGUCAGCAAGGCGAAGCAGAGCCGGAGCGAGAAGAAAGCUAGGAAGGCCAUGUCCAAGCUGGGGCUGCGGCAGAUCCACGGCGUCACCCGCAUCACCAUCCGCAAAUCCAAGAACAUCCUCUUUGUCAUCACCAAACCCGACGUCUUCAAGAGCCCCGCGUCCGACAUCUACAUCGUCUUCGGGGAAGCCAAGAUCGAGGACCUGUCGCAGCAAGUGCACAAGGCGGCGGCGGAGAAGUUCAAGGUGCCGAUGGAGCACUCGCCCCUGAUCACGGAGACAGCCCCCACCCUCACCAUCAAGGAGGAGAGCGAGGAAGAGGAGGAGGUGGACGAGACAGGGCUGGAGGUGAGGGACAUCGAGCUGGUGAUGGCCCAGGCCAACGUCUCGCGCCCCAAAGCCGUGCGGGCGCUUCGGCACAACAACAACGACAUCGUCAACGCCAUCAUGGAGCUGACUAUGUAG